GGAGAGCAGCUGGUCCAGGCUUUUGGACAGUGGGGCGGGGUUGCUGCGCCGAGCGGUUCCUUCGGAUCCGGCGCCGCAGAUUCGCCUUCUCCUGCUCCCUCGGGCCCCGCCUCCUUUUUUGUGCCGGUGACGAAUGUGCCGGGCCGGCGCGAGCGCGCGCGGGAAGAGGAGCGGCCCGCCAGACUAGUGGGGAAGUCAGCGCCGCCCCACCGCGAUGGAGCGGCCGGUCAGGAGGAAUAAGAAAAUUGUUGAUUAUUCACAGUUUGGGGACUUUGAAAAUGAUGAUGAAGACUUUGCCUGUGUACCUGCACCUUUAAAAAAAAAAUCUAGAGUAGUACCUACAGAGACAAAUAGAGAGAAAAAGGAGAAGCAGAAAAGGCCACACAGAGAGGUGACUACAGUGCCGAAGAAAACACCCAAUAAAAGGAUAGCCUUGGAUGACAAACUUUACCAGCGAGAUUUAGAAGUUGCGUUAGCCUUAUCAGUGAAAGAACCAUCUGCAGACAUCCUUGAAGUACAAGAUUCACAAGAACAAGGCAUCAAAAAAUGUACAGCAAUUGAAUUAGAAAGUGUAGAUAACAGUUCCCUCCUCUCUGACUGCAGUGCAGAUAGUGGUCUCUUAGGCCCCGAUCAGGUCACAGUUGAUAGUGAUAUCCCCACAGAUGGCCAUAGGCAAAGAAAAGCAGCAUCUAAAGCUGUGUCACAGCAGAAGUUACUGAUAGAUGACAGUAAUGAGGGAGACCAUGCUCAUAACUAUGAGCCAGAGUUUGUGUCUGAUGAGGAAUCAGAGGGUGGCUCAGAUUUCAGUGAGGAAGAUGAUGAAGACUUUGCUGCAAAAAGAAGAAACUAAAGAAAUAAAAGGAAAGAAAUUAAUAAAGGUCCAAACAGAAAAGAAAAGAACCCCCUCAAAUCCAGAAUUAAUGCUACAGCCAAAGUGACUCCAGUAGUCUCUCCACGGGUAAUCCAAGCAAAAUCUCAGUUAACAUUGAAGGAGACAUCAAGUUCUCCAGAACCUGUUGGAGAACCUUUAUACGCAUCAAGUCCCUCAACAGACAAGAAGAAGCCCAAAUGGAUACCACCAGCUGCCUCAGGAUGCAGUAGUAACCACUUGGAGGAUUCAGUUAAAUCACCUACUCAGGGUCUCAGACUUGGCCUGUCCAGAUUAGCACGAGUGAAACCGCUGCACCCAGCUGCUGCCAGCAGUUGAAUGGUCUAUGAAAGCGUCUCUCACUUGAAGGACUACUGUUGGAAAGAAUUGGGUGUGUGGUAGGGUUCUGUGUUUUUAAACAGGGUUGAAAACAAAUGAGCAGAAAACUAUUCAUUAAACUGUUCAUUCAGAGGGAGGAAAUGCUGUCAAUGUUGCUUGUCUGUUACUAAUAAAGGGCCUUCAUCCUUCAAGGUGCAGUGUACCACCAGUGAAGUGCUGGGCACCUUCAGCUGCUGAAUAAUAUUACUUAAUCAACUAGACCUCAGGUUGCUCAGCACCUUGAUGGAUCAGGCCCAAAGAAAGAGAUUGUAUAUUUGAGACUGUAUCCUUCUGAUGUCUGGCCUCUUUUGGAAAAAAAAAUAGGCAUUACAUUUUUAAAUUGCAUAAAAACAGAAUCUAAAAAGCAGUUUAUCAAUUAUGGAUCUAAAUAUAUAGAAUGGAUUCUUAAUGUAACCUUAAAGUUACAGUUUGAAUUCCAAAUUUUUAGUAUUCAUUCUGUUCAUAGUCCAAUUAAAGCAUCCCUUUAGUAAGUGAAAUCAUUGUUCCUCUCGGUCCAGAAAAGUUGAUUCUCAAAUCUUGUUAAAACUUACUGAUAGUUGUAUUUGUGUGGAUUUUAUAGCUAAGAAUGUAUAAUGUCUUGCUUAGAAAAUUGUAUUUUAAAAAAAAGUAAAAUAAAAUAUAUUUUGUAGACA